AAUUUGUAUCGAGUAUCGCUGCUCUAUAAAAAGGCUCAGCGAUUAUUGACGUCACUGUUGCUAAGAUCUUUAGUGUACAUUUCAUGCACCAGUGCAGAAAGUUCAGAGUUGAACAGAAGGCAUUAUCUAUGAUCACGUCCAUCACCGUGGGAGCGCGAACUUAUUUGUCAUCUUGAAGAAAUAAUUAAUACAAAGCGAGCAACAUGGUCAGUCUUUAGUACGACCAGUUAUUGUGUUUGUGAUUAUAGGUCCUUUGUUAAGUUUUUAAUUAUUUGCAUAUGUCCUGGUUCUUUGGCAAAAAAAAGCACAAGGACUCACCUCCUGAUUCUACAGAAGAGGAACAUCCUUCUGGGGAUCAAUCUGAUGAUUUUGUGGUUGUGGAAAGGAGGAGGACCUCGUUGCCACCUAACGUUGGUGGAGAGAGUACAUCGCAUCACAGUGGAUUAUAUCCACUAAUAGGUGGAACACCUACUUAUCCUGCCAUGUCGACCGGUAACUUGCCAAAAUUGAGUCAGCAAAUGGAAGCUCCUCAUUACCUGAGUGGUGUACCAUUUAAAUUAUGCAAGAAAUUGCAGAGUAAUAUGAACCAAGAUUUAGAUAUAGAUGGAUUGAGGAUUAGUGAAAUCCUGUCUUUUAUUGAGAGACUAGAAAGUCAGAAUUAUGAUUAUGAUUUCGCUCUUGAGGAAGGUGUUAUCACAGAAAUGGAUAGCAGAGAACCUAAUGAGUAACCUAAAAUUCCUCUAAUUCAGAUUUUUAUAUAUCAGUUCUAUGAAUUAAGGAAUCAAACUUAAUCAUAGAUACAGCAUACUCUUUAGUUACUUGAUUAGAUAAUUACUUGAUUAGAUUAUAUUUAAGAGAUAACCGCUAUACAACAUUCGCACAAAAGACAUUAGGUUUGAUUCUUUGAUUUACUUAUAAGCGUUCUAUUUUUCUAAAACACAUCCUUACUUUUCUUAUAGCAAUAGUUGGACAUUUUCUAAGUACUCAUAGAAAAAAAAUUAUAUAUUCAUAUAUAAACAUUAAAUAUUGUUACAUAGUUAAAUGUUUAGGAUGUUUAGGACAAAACUGUCAGAAAUUAUUAUUAGUCCAAGAAGACUAUUUCAAGUAUAUUUUUUUAAUACAGUCGAUUGUGUUACGAAGAGAUGAUUUCAUCUCAAAUAAUGCCAUGUUUGCACAUGUAAUUAAAGCACAUAUUUGCCAUUGUGUAUAAUAUAUAGAGUAACUGUUAAGAUUGUAUAAGUGUAAUAAAUGUAAGGAUAUGUGUACAAUAUAAUAUAUACAUGAGGAAGCAUA